CUCCCCAGACAACGCGCUCCCAGCGCCCCAUCCCUCUCUCCGGCCGACCCAAGGUCCCUGCUGUCCUAUUUCCCUAGCCUCCAGGGUACAGGGGAAGCCACCCGACCUCGCCGCCAGCUCUUGGACAUGGAGAUCCCAGCCUGGCCCCGGGUCCCGCACCCCCAGACCGUCGGUGCUCGGACGUUCCUGCUCGGCUGGGUCCUCUUACAGGUGGUCAGCGCUUUAGGCACUACAGAGACAGUGGUAGCAUAUAAUUUAACUUGGAAAUCAACUAAUUUCAAGACAAUUUUGGAGUGGGAACCCAAGCCCAUCAAUCAUGUCUACACUGUUCAGAUAAGCACUAAAUUAGGAGAUUGGAAAAACAAAUGCUUCCACACAACAGACACAGAAUGUGACCUGACGGAUGAGAUUGCGCAGGACGUGAAGCAGACAUACUUGGCGCGGGUCUUUUCCUAUCCCGCAGGGGAUGUAGAUGCCGUGGGUCCUACUGGGGAAGCUCCAUUUCGAAACGCCCCAGACUUCACACCUUAUCUGGAGACAAACAUCGGACAGCCAGCAAUUCAGAGUUAUGAACAAGUAGGGACAAAACUGAAGGUGACAGUGCAGGACGCACGGACCUUAGUCAGAAGGAACGGCACCUUCCUGAGCCUCCGGGAUGUUUUCGGCAAGGACUUGAAUUACACACUUUACUAUUGGAAAGCGGCAAGUACAGGAAAGAAAACAGCCAAGACAAACACUAAUGAGUUUUUGGUUGAUGUGGAUAAAGGAGAGAGCUACUGUUUCAAUGUCCAGGCAGUGAUUCCAUCCCGAAGAGCUAACCAGAAGAGUCCAGAGAGCCCCAUUGAGUGCACCAGCCAAGGGAAAGGUGACUCCAGAGAAAUGUUCUUCAUCAUUGGAGCGGUGGUGUUCGUGGUCAUCAUCCUUAUCAUCAUCCUGGUUCUGUCUAUACACAAGUGCAAAAAGGCAAGAACAGGGAGAAGUGGGAAGGAGACCUCCCCGCUGAAUGUUGCAUAAAGGAAGCACCGUUGGAGCUGCCAACUCCUGCAAGUGCUGAAUUGCACUGUGACCAAGAACGCUAAAGAGAACAUGUGGAAACACAAAUGAGCAAUCGAGUAGUUUCGAGCAUGGAGACUGCUGGGUUCAAAAGCACGGUUGAUCAAUCUCUUUUUACAAUAAGCAUUCUUGUCUUGACAUCAGCAUUCGUCACUUUGAAAUGGAAUGAACGGUACAAGCAAGUCCACCUUGUUUUCGUUUUUAACACUAUGGCACCUUUGCACAUUAUCCUGCUUUAGAUUAUAUAGUCUGCACUCAAGGAGAAACCAGGUCACCCAAGCAAAAGCAAAUGAACAAAUGCCUUAGAAAGUCCUGGGGGGACUUUUGAAGAGUUUUCAAGAGGCUGACUUCAAACUGUGUGGGAAAGUAAAAUGGAAAUUGAGUGGACUUUGCUAGGACUUUCUAACAUAUGUCGAUAAUAUGGGGUUUAGGGUUUUUUUUUUUUUUUAGGGGUACAUUUGAGAGUUCAAAACCAUUGGCAAACUUAAUAUAUUAAAUACAGGAGACUUCUAUUUUGGGUACCGUUCUAAUGUAUAUUAGAAUUUAGCACUUUAACUGACUUUAAGCGGUGAUGAUUAAACAUUCGAGAUCUAACUAUAUUUUUAUAGGACUACUAUGCUAACAAACUACACAGAGUUUAUGAUUUAAGGUACUUAAAGCUUCUAUGGUCAGCAUUAUAUAUAUUUAUAUAGUUUUUAAAAGGUUAUGUA